GUGGCAUCUUCAUAACUGUCGGAGGUAUUUCGCGCAAAAAUGACCGGCAAAAGCAAUUUUGGAAGCGUAUGGGGUGCACAUAUUUCUGAACAAUUUAAGCAGUGAUAUAUAAAGCGGUGCCUUAUCAAUUAUCCGUGCAGAAUAGUCAAAUUCUUAAUACUCCCAAAGGCAACAUAUGUAACGACUGAUAUGGUGUCGCUUCAGGACGUCUCCACAUUCAUUGUUCCAGGCCAACUCUGCGCCCUGCCACAGAAUGAAAUGGAGAGCUGCUCAGUGUCGGAAUAUUACCCUGAAAUUAAUUUAAACUGCGAAAUGUUCAGCACAUCAGUCAGUGGGCACUCAGCCGACACUUAUCGCAAUGUAAUGAUACCGGUGAAUGAAGGUGUAAUGAAGCGCAUAAUACGGACAUUUUUCGAAAGUGGCUUUAUAGAAGCACUGAAUGAAGCCCGAGACCAACAAACUGCUACUGUAAGUCCGCUGAUGUGCACCACUGCAAAAUAUGCAUUUGAAAUGUUGGAAUAUUUUAAAAGACUGAAGACGAAAAUUUUCCCACACAUGCGUGAAGUUAGCGUCAACAAUGUAGCUGAGUUUUCCGAAACUCGGGACUGGCUGCGAUCCUAUAUACGUUGUAUUGUUUGGCAUCCGAAUUGUUUCAAAAUCGCUGUUGCGGGGUCAGAUGAUAUUGUAAGGGUUUAUACGGAUGAACCGGCAAUGGUGCCAGUUCUUAAAAGUGGUUCACAAAAAUGGAUUACCUCAAUGGCGUGGAGACCAUUUGCUGCCGCCGAGCUCGCAGUGGGAUGUCAAAAGGGUGUUUGUCUAUGGACAAUGGACACAAAUAUGCAUUAUACCCGUAGUGCUACACAAGCAGUAUUUCUAAAGCAUCCAGGCCAUUGUCCCAUUAAUUCCGUGCAGUGGAAUGCCGAUGGUACGCUUCUUGCCACCGCUUCUAUAAGCGAUGCGGAUGUUUUAUUGUGGGAUGUAGAUAAGUUGCAGAAUAUGUCAUUAAGAAGAGUUGGGCCCCCAUGCUCGCUGUUAAAAUGGUCGCCUGAUGGCGCUAGUCUAUUUUCUGCCACUGUUGGAAAUGUUUUUCGAGUGUGGCCAGCCCAUAAAAAGUGGACGCCGGAACGUUGGACCAUCAAUUCUGGUGUAGUACAGUCGGCAUGCUGGUCACCAUGCGGCAACUUUUUGCUUUUUGUCACAACAGGCGAUAGUAUUCUGUAUCGCUUGCACUUCCAGGACGAGCAGGUUUUUGCAUCUGGUACCUCCACCAAGGAUGCGUUAAAAAUUGCUGACUUAACCAAGUUCAAUGCUGGUCGUCGUGAGGUCGGCGGCAAGCCACAAUCUUUAGCCUGGGAUGCAGAUGGCAGAUAUUUGGCUGUUAUAUUCAAAGACACACCUUGUAUUGCGCUCUUUAACACUUGUUUGAAAAAAUUCGAUAUGACAAUUUCGCCACUCUGUUUUCUCACCGGCAUUGGCACAGAGUUUCCCUCAUACAUCUGCUUUCAAAGCAUAAAUCGGCGUAAUACGGACACCGUUUUAACUAUUGGUUGGUCCAGUGGUCGUAUAGAAUAUUUUCCAUUUGGUAAUAUGUGAAAUAAAAGUAAUACAACGUUUAGGUACAUAAAUAUUAAAA